UGGACUUCUCUGAGCACCCAGAGCAGCAGCCUCUCCUGUUUGGGCUCUUCUUGGGCAUGUACCUGGUCACUGUGUUAAGGAACCUGCUCAUCCUUCAAGCCAUUGGUUCUGACCCUUGUCUCCACACCCCAUGUACUUCUUCCCGGCAAAUCUGUCCUUCAUCAAUAUCUGUUUGAUCUGCACCAUUGUCCCCAAGGUGCUGGUGAAUAUCCAGACACAACAUCACACCAUCUCCUAUACUGGGUGCCUCAUGCAGAUGCACUUCUUCAUGACACUAGCCCUGCUAGAUAACUUCCUGCUGGCCAUGAUGGCGUAUGAUCGCUACGUGGCCAUCCGCCUUCCUCUGCACUACAUGAUCAUGCAUCCCCAAGCCUGCCUGCUGCUGGCGGCCAUGUCCUGACUCUGCUCCCACCUCCAGGUUUUCUCAUUCAUUCUCCUGAUCAUUCGAUUCUCAUUCUGGGCCUCCCAUUCCAUCCCACAGUUUUUCUGUGAUCUUUUCCCACUUCUCAAACUUGCCUGUUCAGACAUCAAGGUCUUUCACUUCAUGAUGUUCACUGAAGCCACUCUUUCUGGUGUUGUCCCUCUCAUCUGUGUCCUAGUCUCUUAUGCCCACAUCGUGCACACCAUCCUCAGAGUUUCCUCUGCUGAGGGGAAACACAAAGCCUUCUCUACCUGUGGCUGUCACCUGACAGUGAUCACUCUUUUCUAUGGAACCCUGUUUCUGGUGUAUUUCCAGCCUUCAUUCCUACUAGCAGAUACUGGAAUGAUUGCAUCCGUUGUAUACACAAUGGUCACCCCCAUGCUGAAUUCUUUUGUCUAUAGCCUGAG